CAUUGACAUUAACAAAACAUCCUCUGUCUUCAUCUUUUCUGCUGCUCAUCAAGCCCUGACAUCAACCACACCUUCCACAGUCAUACCUACCAUUAAUCAAGUCACCUAUCAAAUCACUUAUUCAAUCAUGCCUGGUUUUUGGACUUGCUGCACUUGUCUUCACGGUCUCCACCAAAUUGAUGUUCACACAGAGUGUCUUCAGUGCGGUGAAGCACGUUGUCCCAAUUGCCCCAUUGACAGUCGAGAUGCGGAUAUGUCGCUGCACAGCUGCCACGAAAUUUCGCCCUACCCUGCUACUACAGCACACUCAGUCUGCUCGCACUCGUUGGAAGUUGUGAGGCAUAUGCCACCGAUCACGGAGAGCAGGAGCUCCAUCCUUCAGCCAUUACCAGUCUUCGAUGACGUACGGCGUCCCCGUUUGCAGGAGCUUGCUGGUCAUCCGCUUCAAAAUUUCCAGAUGCAGACUCGGGGUAACUUGUACUUCUGCUGCCGAUGUGGCGACGGGCCGAAAGUAUACGAGAACCAGCCCAAAUGUAUAAAUUGCGAGCACGUUGUGUGCUCCAAUUGCGUCCCUGUGAAAUGAUCUACGACUAAGUUGUUAUUGAGACUCGCAAGAGGCUAUACUAUGUCUCGAAGCCAUAUUUCCGAUUUCUGACGUCUUAUUGAGCGUUGUUACCAUGAGCUUCAUGAA